UGCUCACAGAUGAGACUUGUUGCUCUGGCUGUGGUGUGCGGCCUGAUCAUCGGUCAGGAUGCAGGGAGUGAGGGAGCAGCGCUGCCAGGGUAUGACUCGGCACAAAGGACACAAGCAACAGGAUCUGUCCUCUCUGCGCUCAAGAGGAGGACUGAGGCCGACCUGGUGGACGAGCCCAGCCUGUGUUUCUCCCUGAGGGAGAACGAGGAGCAGAGGCAGCUGCUGUGCAACGACCGCAGGAGUAAAUUCAACUUCAACCCGCUAAGCCUUCGCUUUGGGAAACGCUACAUGUACAGGAGAGCCGUUAAAAGAGCCCGGACAAAUAAAUUCUUACCCCGUUCUCUGUUCCCCCGAGAACUGGAGGUGCCCACCUGA